AUGAAUGAGGUUCUUUUGCUUUACAAUGACGAGAAGUCAGACUCAAGUUGUGGCUCCCAAUCCUCGCUUUAUGAAGAUAAAGACGAAGAAUUUGAAGGUUUCGCCCCAAAACCCUCCCACAAUUCACGUUUCCGAAGAUGUUUACCAACUGUUGCACUUGCAUGCUUCAUCGUAUACUUCUUUGCUUCGACAUUUUUGAUCUUGAAAUUACACCAGGGAAGAUCUAAAGUCUUAGAUAAACCAUACUGUACGUUCUUGUUCAAACCUCAUUUCCUUUAAUUCACCUAGAAGUUUUCUGACAAAUAGACAGCACCUGCAAAUUCUAUCGUUAAAUACAAGAUUCAGAAAAAACAUGCCACAGAUAAUUUAGAAGCCUUCGUCGGACCACCAUCUAAUACUACCUUCGAUGCAUGGGCUCAUCUUGUCAAACGUAAGUUCAAGCUCUUUUGAUAAAACAUUUCCUUAACAAAGUUAUCUAAGCAUCCUUGAUUCGCAUAUCUCACGAAGAAAUGGUACUCGCUGGUGAACAUCCGGAGGUCUCAACGGAGGUUGUUGGGGGUGGUUUUAUGGGUUCACUUGGAGUAUAUCAUGAAUUGCAUUGUAUGGUGAGCGUAACUCGUAUUACGUAUCUACCCCCACAGUACUAAAACACAUCUAAUAGCGACGAUUGAAGCUUUUCUUAUACAAGGAUCAUUACUACCCUGGGCUGAAUGGAAGUGAAUUGGAGUAUGAAAUGAACCACCUAGGUGAGUAAAGAGUUCGACCUAGUAACGAUGAAGAUCAGAUAGACUGAUAUCUAAUAUCGUCUGUAAGACCACUGCCUAGAAGCUAUACGAAUUUCCCUCAUGUGUGCUGGAAACUCUGCACUAUAUACAUUUCAAUGGGAUCUUGGCAGUAGUCGGAAACCAGUCACAAAGACAAACUCUGAAAGAGUCUGUGUCGAUUGGGAAAAGCUCGAAACUUGGGCCACUGAGCGUACAAUUGGGAUUUCGCCGUUACUCGUCGGACCGGAGGGGACAGACACAGAAGAGUAA